CGUGCGCGAGGGCGGCCGUCAAGCGCGGUCGCCGUAGAAGCGGCCCGACGGUGGCAAAAUGUCGUGAGCGGGGCCUGUUGUGAGGAAGGCGGUCGGCGAGGAGAAGAAGGAAGGAAGGAAGGCAGGAAAGAAGGCAGGAAGGCGGGCAAGGAGAGCGGGAGGGAGGAAGGGAGCAGGCCGAUGCUCGGAGGGAGGCGCCGGGCGGCGAGGGCCCUUCCCCGCUGCCGGCCCCCCAUGCGGCGCCCCCUCCGCCGCCAUGGCCCGCAAGACAGCUAGCAGGAAGCGCCGGGCCCAGGCCGGGAGGGCCGCCCGACCCGAGGACCAGGACGAGCAGGACGAGCAGUAUGGCUGGGAUCACUCAGUCCACAAAAGGAAGCGGCUCCCACCCGUCAAACGGUCGCUGGUCUGCUACCUGAAAGGGAGAGAGGUGCGGCUGCAGAACGAGUCCAGCUACCACCGGCUGUUGCACGGAUAUGCUGCCCAGCAGCUGCCCAGUCUCCUGAAGGAAAGAGAAUUUCACCUCGGGACCCUCAAUAAAGUGUUUGCCUCUCAGUGGCUGAAUCACCGGCAAGUGGUGUGUGGGACAAAAUGCAACACGUUGUUCGUGGUCGAUGUCCAGACUGGUCAAAUUACCAAGAUCCCCAUUCUAAAGGACCGGGAGCCUGACAUAGUCAACCAGCAGGGUUGUGGAAUUCAUGCCAUUGAACUGAACCCUUCAAGGACCCUCUUGGCUACCGGAGGCGACAACCCCAACAGCCUUGCGAUUUAUCGUCUGCCGACGCUGGAUCCAGUCUGUGUGGGAGAUGAUGGCCAUAAAGACUGGAUAUUUUCAAUUUCAUGGAUCAGUGACACCAUGGCUGUUUCUGGUUCCCGAGAUGGUUCAAUGGGGCUCUGGGAAGUGACGGACGAAGUGCUGUCCAAGAGCGAUGCGAGGCGCAACUUGUCUCGAGUUCCUGUCUAUGCUCACAUAACACACAGGGCUCUGAAGGACAUCCCCAAGGAAAACACCAACCCAGACAACUGCAAGGUCCGGGCUCUUGCUUUUAACAACAAGAACAAGGAGCUGGGAGCUGUGUCCUUGGAUGGGUAUUUCCACCUCUGGAAAGCUGAAUACACGCUGUCAAAGCUGCUGUCCACAAAGUUACCAUAUUGCCGUGAGAACGUUUGUCUGGCCUAUGGUCAGGAGUGGUCGGUAUAUGCAGUUGGAUCUCAGGCCCACGUCUCUUUCCUGGACCCAAGGCAGCCUUCUCACAACGUGAAGUCCGUCUGUUCCAGGGAGCGAGGCAGUGGUAUUCGCUCCGUGAGCUUCUAUGAACACAUUAUUACGGUGGGGACAGGGCAGGGUUCCUUGUUGUUCUAUGACAUCCGAGCCCAGAGGUUCCUGGACGAGAAGCCACCGCACAGUUGCUGUGCGUCGAAAUUAGGAGGAAGUGAAAUUCUCAAGUUGUCUACGGGCAAAGGUUGGCUGAAUCAUGACGAAACCUGGCGGAAUUACUUUUCAGACAUCAGCUUCUUUCCAAAUGCCGUUUACACCCACUGCUACGACUCGUCUGGCACGAAACUCUUUGUGGCAGGAGGCCCCCUUCCGUCUGGACUCCACGGGAAUUACGCUGGUCUCUGGAGCUAAUAACUCUCUUCCAAAAUGAGGCUUGCGCUCUCGUGUGGCUUCCUCCCUUUUCGCCCACAUUUCCAUUCCUUUUCAAACAAACAAACAAACAAGAGAAAUUGUGUGACUACAUUGUUCUCUUCUGCUUUUGGUGCAAGGGGGGGUUAACUUUGCUUUUUGGGGGAGGGGGAUUAUUCUACUGAUCUCCUGGCAGGUUUAUUUUGUACAUUUUGAACUUUUUUGUUUUGUUUAAUCUUCUUUGAUCUUUAUACAGUGGGUUUUUAAACACACCCCGUUCCCCCUUUUUAUUGCCUUUCCUCAAACUGGCGGAGUCUUUGCCCUGAGCUCGGGGUGACCAACCAACCAUACAUGCCCCUCCACUCCUUCCUUCACCAUGAGGCAGGAAACCCUCCAUUAGAUCGGCUGCUGCCGAGCUUUCUGUGAAAGCCCAGGGGCUGUGUGUGCAUGUGUGGGAGUGUGUGUGUGUGUGUGUGUCUGUAUGCGUGUAUGUGUGUACGGGUACUUUGUUAGUCACAUUACCUGGAAUAAAAAGCUACUUGUAAUUAAAAGAAAAAAAUUAAAAAGUAUUUAUAUUAUGAGAUACAUUACUACUUUAUCCACAGAGCCCAGCUUGCAUCUGGCUUCCUCUGAUAGUUCGAAAAGUACAAGUUUAAUGAUGCCCCAUAGGUCACUGUGGUCCAUUGGUGGUGAGCUUGAUGCUUACACUGUCCUUCUUUAGCCCAUGGGCCACCUUCCUUGCCUUUUCUUUCCUUUACUCGUUCCCUGCCUAUUUCUGUAAGGAUGGCCAAGGUGAAGGCUUUGGUUGUUGGGACACAGGUGAAGGUUAGUUGGGUUAAUUGCUCAUCAGCCUUUAAGUGUGAUUUUGGUGGAGAAGAAAUCGGAAGGCUGCAUUACAUGUGUAUGGUGUUUGAUUUGAGCCGAACCGUCGUGGAGAAGGGAGGCGGGGAGGAGGGUGCUAAUGUCUUUUGAAGUUUUUUGUCUCCGGUGUCUUGCCAAUAAACAGUUUCAAAUAGCCUCAGUUUCACCUUGGCUUGCUAGCCAAGCGGACACAAGUGGUCAAAGCCUUCCUUCCAAAUGCUGUGUCCCAUCAUUAACUUGUUUCUGAAGGAUCCUCCCCAAGAAAUGACUCUGCAGCACAUUGCCUCCAGGUGUAGCAGAGGAACAGGAAUGGCUUCUUUGCAGGCAGGAUGAGCGCCAUAGCAUUAUAACCCAGAACAAUGCUGGGACAUUGAAGCACAUCAGCAUUAAGUGUUUGGAUUAGGCUAAACCAGGAAUGGCUGAUCAGUUUGCUAGGCAUGUUGCAAUACUAUGAGAGGACUGCUGGUGUCUUGUACAAAAGAGUGGAAUUCUUCAUUGAGCCCCAAGAACGUUCCUUGUAGGAGACAUAAUCUGCUGCAUCUCUCUCCAUGAUGCUUUGCUCCUGACUGGUCUCUUUCUAGAUUCCCUCUGUUGACAUCCGGGUCAUUCUGUCUCAUUGCUCAGCCUUUUGACAUGACAUGGAUAUGUUUGAUUAUCCCAGCACAGAUUUGCAGGAGGGCUGCCUGCCCUUGUUUUGGUAGCAUGCUUUAGCAAAUGUACAAAAAACCUCAAGGAAACGAGGCUUGGCCUGCAGUGAGGGCAAGUAGUAAAGAGUUAGAGUUGUGGGAAGAUAGACAGUGAUCCACAGUGACCCUGCAGCAUGCUACUUUUUGGGCUCUAGAUACUAACAGCUGUUUCAUUUGAAAUUGUGGAGUGCAGGAAACAUAGAUAUCACUGAUUUGAAUAUAGUCUGCAGAGCAAAAAAAUACAUUUACAUAAUCAUGGAUGGCAUGCUUUUACAUUUGUGUAUUGUGGCUAACAGCUCAUGGAUGCUUACUCUGAAGUCUGUCCCAUUGAAGUAUCCUGGACUGAUCCAUAGAAUUGCAGCAUUGCCUGCUUGGCUCCAUUACAGCUGAUACUAGGGCACAUCAUAUCAGAAGAGUUGGAAGAGGCCCCAGAACCAUCCAGUCUUUGUUUAAUAACCUCCAGAAAAAGACUCCACCAAACUCAAAGGCACAUAUUCCAAUGUAGAACUGCCCUUUCUAUUGUCUUAGUCCCUACAGCACCCAAAAACAAGAUUGUUCCCUUCUCAAUGUGACCUCCUUUCAGAUAUUUAAACAUGGCUUUCCUGUCCCCUUCUCUCAACCUUCUCUUCCCCAAACUAAACAUGCCUAGCUCCCGCAACCAUUCCGCAUAGGCUCAAGACCUUUUGAUCAUGUUAUUGUCACCCUUCUUUGGACAUGUUCUAGCUUGUCCAUAUCUUGAAUUGCUUUGCCCAGAGCUGAACGCAGGGUUAUUCCAGGUGAGGAAUAACAGCAGAACAGAGUGGGACCAUUAUUUCCCACAGUUUAUAGACAUAGGAUUCCUAUAGACGCAUCCUAGAAUCCCAUUGACCUUUUUAGCUGCUGCGUCACACUGUGGACUCAUGUUUAUUUCGUGGUCUCCUAAGACUCCUAGAUCCUUUUCACUGGGACUGUCUUCAAGCCAGGUGUCACCUAUCCUAUAGCUCUGCAUUUCAAUAGCAUUUCUCCAUGUUGACAUUCAUUUUGAGUUUUGGCCUGGCUGUAUAAGCUGCAAAGCUCCUUUGAUACUUCGCAGAUUCGGUCUCUAGUAUCUGAAGUUGAAAGGAGUGCAGCAGGCAGCAGAGCUGGAAAAAGACAUUUGGUUUAGAUUUUGGAAAGGCAUUGGCUCAUUAAUAGUGUUAUGAGGAUACGAGAGGAUAAAUGGAGAAAGCAGCUUUUUCAGAUAGCCCUGCUCUUUCUGUUGCAUGUAUGAUGAUCUGAACCAUGAGCAGAUUUUCUGAAAUGUGAAUUAGAAGCAGAGCUUUCUUUUGCUUGAAGCCUGGAAAAGAUGGUUGUAAAAUCUCUCCGAAAGUAGAACUGGCCGUUCAGAAAGGGCUUCUCUUUACUCUGAAGCUGAAUUUUCAAAGCAGGUGCUUGAAAGACAGUCCUUUUCUCUACAGAAGUGUUUGAAGUUAUUCUGCCAGGGAAACACAACACACAAAGCUAUUCUGGAGUUAAAAAUGUGUGUUUCUCUGAAAAGUUCGUGGCAAAGCCCUGGAUUCUUUCCCUGCUCUUCCUGAUCAAUCCCUCUGAGAAUAACCCUGUCGUUAAUUGGGAUAUUAUUAUGCUUCCUAAUGUGGAGUGCUUCCAAAGAUUGUUUUUUCCCUCCUUGAAAGCGAGUAUUAGAAGCGGCCUUUUGAGAGAUGCUACCAGAAUGUAAUGUAAAGCUCACUGGGGAGCAGCCUUUUUCCUUUCUGAGCUUCCAGGAAUGAGUAGUUCACUUUUCAUCAGUAAAUUUGCACAUCUCUAUAGGAUUCAAGCACAACAUGCAAUUUCACCCACUUGCUUUGGUGCAGCAAUAAUGUCUAGAGAGCAAUAAUUUCCUUCUCGCAAUUACACACUCUUUGAAAAUAAUAAAAACCACAGCUUGGUGGAGAUCAUCAAAUGCUACUUUAAAUAGGAGUGUAGGGUUGUCUACAGUACAUUUACUAAAAGCCAUUGUGAAUAAGACUGUUACUGGAGCCAUCCUGUGAAGCAUGUGGUCCCCCUCAUGCCAAAGCCAUGAUUCAGCUCAUUCCGUUGUCAUUCAUAAGAGAGAGCAUUUGAGUCCUUUGACUCAAGUAUUUCCAUCCAGGGGAAGUUACCCAGCACUGCAGAAGAAAAACAAAGCAAUUACCAGAAAUUAAUUAAUUAUAUUGUAUAGUAUAUAGAAUAUCUAGCUGAGUGCUUAGGGGUGAAAUCUUGUGUUGUAGCUACUAUGGGAAAAUAACUUAUAGAGUUUUCUUCUUACAGGAGAAAACUAUUGUCAGAUCGAUAUGUGAUAUAAGGAUAUUUGUUUCUUCAUUUAUAAUAGGACUUAAAUUAUAUGCCCUCCAAAUUCCUUUCCCCCCAACUAUAAACCUCCUUGGGCUGUGGGUUUGUGGUUCCUUGUUGUUUUGUGAGGCUUCAAUUUUUGAAAUAGAAGUAAAUACAGUUUCAUUUUCAGCCAUGGAAGAAUGGUAAUGAUCAAUGGGAGUGACAGAAAAUGACUUUCCAACCUUUAUUGCAGGGAUUCCCAAACUUGGAUGCUUCAAAUGUUUUGGACUUUUAGCUCCCAAAAUGCCUGACCAUUGGCCCAGCUGGCUGAGAGUUAAAAGUCCAGAACAUCUGGAGCGCUGUUUGGGAACUACUUCUCUCUCAUAUGCCAGCUUUGGAGUUAUAGUGUGUAUGACUUUGUAAACUUUACUUAGCCCAUACCUUCAUUUAGUUGGAAAAGACAAUCUUGCCAUGGGCAGAACCAAUGGGGCUUAUUUUACCCAGAAUCUCUGGAUUCUCCAGCACAACUCUGUGCUUAACUUCAGCCAGAAAUUCCUAUAGUGACAGCAUUAAAUCUUUUAACAAUCCUACAAAAUUCCAACCUACAGAUGCGGAAGGCCAGCUGUUCUCGAAUUAUCUUCAGUACAUGAAUGUGUGCAUGAGCAUUGAGCUGAUCAUGGAGAGAGAUGCACCCGAGGUAGAAUGACACAUAUUUGGGAUGAUAGGAUUCCCAUUCAGCCUUAGGAAUUUGCCUCCCUUUAAGUCAAAGACCAUGCCAUGUGCUGGGUCCAAGGCCUCAUUAAACUUGUACUUUUGAAGCCUGGCCUGGUGCCCCUGCUCAGCUGGCAUCCAUAGCCUCCCACAGUCUCAGGGUUUAUAUAUGUUCACACCAGUUUCCAUCCAAAGGACAACAACAACAACAACACACUGGACCAAUCGGAGGUUAACGUGCCUUUCUCUCGCGGUACCUUGAACUUAGCAAAAGCUGCUUACAAUGGGAUCUGCUGUUUCUCGCUGUCUUCGAACCGAUACUCGUUUUGUCUUCUUUUUUCUAUAUAUAAAAAAUAAUAAUGUGUUCUAAUUCACAAACCAACUUGUUCUGUGGAUUGUAAUAUAUGCCCUUCCCCAUAUUAGUUGUUGAGGAGUGCGGUGUAUAAAAUCAAAUGUGUGGUCA